CACUCCUCAGUUCCCAAAGACAACCAGUGCAAACCACAACUGCGACUUCGUGGGCAUACAAAAGAAGGUUACGGGUUAUCUUGGAAUCCGAACAAGCAAGGACACAUACUAUCGGCUUCUGAUGAUAUGACGGUUUGUCUAUGGGAUGUACAAGCAAACGAGGUCAGCGCUGGAUAUUUGGAUGCGAAAACGAUCUUCAAAGGCCACACUGCUGUGGUUGAAGACGUAGCUUGGCAUGUGCUCCAUGAAGCAGUGUUCGGUUCUGUUGGCGAUGAUCACAAACUGAUGAUUUGGGACAUCCGUGGAAGUCAACCGGCACACACUGUUGAUGCUCAUUCUGCCGAAGUCAACUGCUUGUCGUUCAAUCCAUACUCAGAGUUCAUUCUUGCUACAGGCAGUGCUGACAAGACUGUUGCUCUAUGGGAUUUGCGAAACAUGAAACUCAAGCUGCACUCAUUUGAGUCACACAAGGAUGAAAUCUUCCAAGUUCAGUGGAGUCCGCAUAACGAGACCAUUCUGGCUAGCAGUGGAACUGACAGGAGACUGCAUGUUUGGGAUCUGUCAAAGAUUGGCGAAGAGCAGAUACCUGAGGAUGCUGAGGAUGGUCCCCCUGAACUCCUUUUCAUCCAUGGCGGGCAUACAGCUAAGAUCAGCGAUUUCUCAUGGAAUCCUAACGAGCCAUGGGUUGUAUGUAGUGUUUCUGAGGAUAACAUUAUGCAGGUAAGGAAGAUGUUUUCUUUGAAAAGCGUA